UUGCUUUAUCUGUUGCUGCCUCAUCCUCAAGUUGAGGACCUCAACCAUGGAGGGAAGAAAUCUUUCGAUCUUUCAACAACAAGAUCGUCGUACUUAAAGGACGCUUUUAAGUACGAUUCACACUCAAAUAGCCGAAAGCCUCAAUUGGUUAUUGGCGCGCGCGUUAAGCAGCGGAGGGAUCAUGGUCAACUUCGGCGACGAUUUCCAGCUGAGCCGCUGGUUCAACAAUAGCAACAGCUCCAACAGCAGUGCGCACGGCACUGACAGUGAGGAUGGCGACGCCGCAGGAUCGGUGGAUGACGCAGUGGCCCCGUCGACGAGCGUGAAUCUGGCCGAGUGUUUUAUUUGCCACAUGCCCAACCCAGAGUUCAUGUCCACCAACACAGUCAAGAAGGCCCCGCCCGUGCCUGUGUGCUCCGUGGGAUGUGAGGCCAAGUACCUUGAGAUGAAGGGGAUGCGACCGUCAGGCGACUCGCGAAACGCGGACCCGAACCAUUGCUUCGUGUGCCAGGCUCCCGAUCCGGAGUACUCCGUCAGCUCGCGUGGAACCGUGACCCCUGUAUGCAGCAAAGAGUGUGAGGAGACUUUUCUGUGCCGGAAGAAACAGCGCGGGAACGACGAUGGAGACGGCGGAACGGCAUCCAAGCGCUCCAAGAGCGACAACGCGGAACCUGCCAAGCGUCAGCGACGCACGCUCAACUUUCUGGGCGAUCAGCUGCUCGAUAGUUCGGACGGCAAGGGCUAUAAGAGCUGGUGGCUGGGUGCACUUACCUUCUACGACUUUGUGUAUCAACGCCAUGGAAUGUGGCACAGUUACUCCAUCAGCAACGACGUGCCGCGUGUCGACCCAUGCCUGAUUAAAUUCGCAACUUGCAACAUUUAUCGCGAACUGGAUCGCAGUACUGCGUAUCUCCGAAAGCAUGUACUUCGAUGGCAACAAUCUCACCAGGGACGCCUGGGUCUGCGCGAAGUUUUGUGGAUGGCAGUGGUGUUCAGGUAUUGCAACCAACUGGAAACUUUUUACAAGCUCAAGGGGAUUCCUAGCUCCGACGAUUUUCCCCACUUUAGUAAGCGACUGCUAGCAAUGACGAAGCGCACCGCUGACUGUGAUCUACUGGCUGGCGACCGUGACCUUACGGUGGUCUCUUACCUGGAUACACUGGAGAAGUUUCUACAGAACAUUGAUGAUACCACAGUGGCGGUGAAGGAAUGCACCACUUCCGAGGGCAUCUUUGAGACCCUCCGCAAGUUCCAAGACAACGUGCUUGGAUCAUUUACGUGCUGGCAGGUGGUGUGCGAUCUGAUGGAGCUGCACAUGCUGGUUCAGGACUUCAUCACGGACGAUUUUGUAUGGCUCAGCCUAGACGCGAGGAAGAGCCUGAUUCAGAUUUUUGGCAAGAACCGUGCGCGCCCAUCGGAAUACGUCGCACUUGCGCAGUUACUGCAACAACGCCAGCUCCAAGGCUUUAAGGCUCUUCAGGUGGAUUUCCCGUUCUUUAUGAGCCAGAAGCUGGACUUGAAGAACAUUGGACACGCACUGCACAGCUUUCAGGUGUAUCGCAACAUGAAACUAAUGGAGCAUAAGCAAAUCCACAAGCAGGAGCCUGGAACCUCGCAACCUGUGCCGUACAAUUCACGUACGUACAUGAUGGACUCGGAGAACUGUGAGGUCUGCUCGCACCCUGAAAAUGAGGACGAACUUGUACUGUGCGAUAUGUGCCAGCGCAUGUUCCACAAGUACUGCAUCAACAUGAAGGAGCUGCCUCCGGCCUCGUGGGUGUGCGCUGCGUGCAAGAAGCUGCAAAACUAUCCUCAUGAAGGCCUGGUUGUGGAGCAGGAAGUUAUCUCCAUCGAUUAAACUAGGUAGCCGUUGCUCACCAAGAGGGUCAUGGUAGGUCUCAUUCAAGGCGUUUGAUUCAAAUACACAAACGUUCGCCAAAGCUACAGUAGAUGACAGCUCACGAGCAGUUAGCCUUUGAGUCAGCAAGAGUUUUCUUCGGUGUACGCCCUUCAUCCUUCCUCUCCCAGCGGUUCUUGACAACUUGAUAGUGCGAAUCGUUUUUCCAAACGUAGUAAAAUGCGAUCACGUCUCCGGACGACUUGCUGCCAAUCUGCAGCGCGUACACAUAGCAACUUCAGAAGUCAACGCAAAACUAGCAUCCAUUUUUGACUUA